GUAUUUACCGACUUUCGAAGCUGGUCUUUCCGCAUGAAACAUCUUGCUGGUAGUACUGUUACUCUUAGCAAUGAUGUCACUCUAGUCGAAAUCCCGAAGUCCGCAAAAGAUGAUUUGGAGGAAAUUAUUUCGUUUAAUCGUAAAAUGCUGGCCUGGUCAACGAACACUAAUUUAACGGCAGAUAGUCAUUUGGUCUGUGAUGAAACGGAUGGUGUAUACUCAACACAAGUUUUGGCUCGAGGAUCCACUAGGAAAGCUACUGGUGCUUCAUUCGUGAUCAUUGAUGGCGGUUUGAAAACAAACGGGCUUCAGAUUUCCGUUGUGGAAGAUGGUGUAGCUAUUCGUAUCCCAUCAGAAAAAUUGGAGAGUCUGCUACAAGCGCUAAACUCUGCAGAGGUGACGAUUCUGAGAAACUGGGUAACAUCGGAUACUUCUGGAACUCAAUUCGUAGUACGAUGGACAGACGGCUCUGGUCAGCCAUCUCCAUUCGGGCCAGUGUCGCCCAUUGAUGGACAAAAUUUGGCGAACAAAUUCCAAUAUGGGUUAUCUUUGGAAAGAGCGAUAUCGUCAGUACUUCAAGUUAACAGUGUCCCUGAUUAUGGUGUUCGGCUUUCGCACGUUUACAAUCUUAAGGACGGUCGACUGGCCCCAGAGGAUGAACCUAAAGUGUUCAGUAUUGCGGAAAUGUUGGCUCGUGAAUGCACUGGCAUGCUGGAACCGUACCUUUCAAUGUUGAUCAACAUGAACAUCACGAGCAUAUCCGUCCGUGUUGGUGUAAGCGCUGAUACGGUGGAAUACGACGUUUCUCCAUGGUUUGGAAUGGAAGAAGAGCAGUUGUUGUACAAACAAAACAUGGAUCAGCUUAUUCCGGUGCUCUACGAUAUUUUGGGUUAUCUAACCGGUGGAUUCCAUAUCGAACUAGUGUUAUCCUUUGUUUCAACAAAAUCUCUUCCUUAUAUGAUCUGA